AAGAGCGCAGAAGAACCACAAACCCAGAAGCCCUCGCGCCCACUCUUCUCCCACCCCCUCCAGAAGUCGGAGUGCUGUUUUUGUUGUUGGUGAAAAGGUGAGGGGAACAGCUGAUCCGACUGUUGGUGUGUCUCCAGCUACCAAUACAAACAGAUGGAAGGAUGGAGGCUGAGGGGAGCAGAGAGAAAAUGAGGAGAGAAAUACUAAAGUGAAACUAGAAGACGGAUAUCUCAAGGCCAGAAUGGAAGAAUCACCACUAAGCCGGGCACCAUCCCGUGGUGGAGUCAACUUUCUGAAUGUAGCCCGGACCUACAUCCCCAACACCAAGGUGGAAUGUCACUACACCCUUCCCCCAGGCACCAUGCCCAGUGCCAGUGACUGGAUUGGCAUCUUCAAGGUGGAGGCUGCCUGUGUUCGGGAUUACCACACAUUUGUGUGGUCUUCCGUGCCUGAAAGUACAACUGAUGGUUCCCCCAUUCACACCAGUGUCCAGUUCCAAGCCAGCUACCUGCCCAAACCAGGAGCUCAGCUCUACCAGUUCCGAUAUGUGAACCGCCAGGGCCGGGUGUGUGGGCAGAGCCCUCCUUUCCAGUUCCGAGAGCCAAGGCCCAUGGAUGAACUGGUGACUCUGGAGGAGGCUGAUGGGGGCUCUGACAUCCUGCUGGUUGUCCCCAAGGCAACUGUGUUACAGAACCAGCUCGAUGAGAGCCAGCAAGAACGGAAUGACCUGAUGCAGCUGAAGCUGCAGCUGGAGGGACAGGUGACAGAGCUGAGGAGCCGAGUGCAGGAGCUCGAGAGGGCUCUGGCAACUGCCAGGCAGGAGCACACGGAGCUGAUGGAACAGUACAAGGGGAUUUCCCGGUCCCAUGGGGAGAUCACAGAAGAGAGGGACAUCCUGAGCCGGCAACAGGGAGACCAUGUGGCACGCAUCCUGGAGCUAGAGGAUGACAUCCAGACCAUCAGUGAGAAAGUGCUGACGAAGGAAGUGGAGCUGGACAGGCUUAGAGACACAGUGAAGGCCCUGACUCGGGAACAAGAGAAGCUCCUUGGGCAACUGAAAGAAGUACAAGCAGACAAGGAGCAAAGCGAGGCUGAGCUCCAAGUGGCACAACAGGAGAACCAUCGCUUAAAUUUGGACCUGAAGGAAGCCAAGAGCUGGCAAGAGGAGCAGAGUGCUCAGGCCCAGCGACUGAAAGACAAGGUGGCCCAGAUGAAGGACACCCUAGGCCAGGCCCAGCAGCGGGUGGCUGAGCUGGAGCCCUUGAAGGAGCAGCUUCGAGGGGCCCAGGAGCUUGCAGCCUCAAGCCAGCAGAAAGCCACCCUUCUUGGGGAGGAGUUGGCCAGCGCAGCAGCAGCCAGGGACCGCACCAUAGCCGAACUACACCGCAGCCGCCUGGAAGUGGCUGAAGUUAACGGCAGGCUGGCUGAGCUCGGUUUGCAUUUGAAGGAAGAAAAAUGCCAAUGGAGCAAGGAGCGGGCAGGGCUGCUGCAGAGUGUGGAGGCAGAGAAGGACAAGAUCCUGAAGCUGAGUGCAGAGAUACUUCGAUUGGAGAAGGCAGUUCAGGAGGAGAGGACCCAAAACCAAGUGUUCAAGACUGAGCUGGCCCGGGAAAAGGAUUCUAGCCUGGUACAGUUGUCAGAAAGUAAGCGGGAGCUGACAGAGCUGCGGUCAGCCCUGCGUGUGCUCCAGAAGGAAAAGGAGCAGUUACAGGAGGAGAAGCAGGAAUUGCUAGAGUACAUGAGAAAGCUAGAGGCCCGCCUGGAGAAGGUGGCAGAUGAGAAGUGGAAUGAGGAUGCCACCACAGAGGAUGAGGAGGCCGCUGCGGGGCUGAGCUGCCCGGCAGCUCUGACAGACUCAGAGGACGAGUCCCCAGAAGACAUGAGGCUCCCAUCCUAUGGCCUUUGUGAGCGUGGAGACCCAGGCUCCUCUCCUGCUGGGCCUCGAGAGGCUUCUCCCCUUGUUGUCAUCAGUCAGCCGGCUCCCAUUUCUCCUCACCUCUCUGGGCCAGCUGAGGACAGUAGCUCUGACUCGGAGGCUGAAGAUGAGAAGUCAGUCCUGAUGGCAGCUGUGCAGAGUGGGGGUGAGGAGGCCAACUUGCUGCUUCCUGAACUGGGCAGUGCCUUCUAUGACGUGGCCAGCACCAUCUUCUGCAGAGCCCAAAUUGCCCUGCUUCCCCUCUCUCCUGCCUCUACCCCUUCCCCAACCACCAGUGGCUUUACAGUGGGUCCCCUGUCAGAAACCAGCACUGGGGGCCCUGCCACCCCCACAUGGAAGGAGUGUCCUAUCUGUAAGGAGCGCUUUCCUGCUGAGAGUGACAAGGAUGCCCUGGAGGACCACAUGGAUGGACACUUCUUUUUCAGCACCCAGGACCCCUUCACCUUUGAGUGAUCUUACGCCCUCGUACAUGCACAAAUACACACUCAUGCACACACACACACACACACACACACACGCGCGCGCGCAUACACUUAGGUUUCAUGCGCAUUUUCUAGCACACUGGGCUCCAUGAUACUCUGUUCCCUAAGAACCGCUUCUGUGUGCCCUGUUUUCAUCCCAAGAUUUCUCACUUCAUCCUCUCCUACCUGGCUCUUUUGUCCCAGGGAGGAGUCCUGUUCGGAAGCAGUGGCUGAAUUUACCCCCUGAAAGUGGUUUUGGAGGAACCGGGAUGGAGGAGGCCUUCCCCUGUGGGAAUAGAAUCGUUCACUCCUAGCCCUGGUUGUUUCUGAUACACAGCCACUGCACACACACACUCACACUCACACUCCCUUGUCUGAUGCCCCAAAGCCAAUUCCUGGGGCACCCUACCCUCUCUUAUUUGAGGUUUCUGUUUGUUUACCUGAGUUUUCUCUGGGGCCUGCGUAGAGGCAGCAGCAUGGACAUCACGGCCUCUCAGGUCCCUUUUGGUUUUCAGCUUCAUUGGUUCUUCUUUCUGUUCCCCCAUUGCCUUCUGUGCCCCACCCCAGCCUUUUCCAUAACCUUAGGUAUUCAGUUUGGAGGGGUUUUUUGUAUUUUUGAGGAUUCCUGUAUUCUGUAUCCUGUCCUCGCAUCUCCUCACAUGGAAAGAAAUAAUGUAUUUGUGCCUUCUGUGAGGGAUGGGGGGAACAAGUGGUCCCAGGUAUCCCCAUUUCCAAGCCCCCGCUCCCUUUCCAGGUCCCCCCACAGCAAUAAAAGCUUUCCCCUGAUAUCCAUCCCUUUGUAGUUUGAACAAAUAUAUUUAUAUGAUAUAUA